AUGAUCACCACAGGUGGUGGCAGUCAGUCAGCUCAACCUUCAUCUUCUCCAGGUACACCAGAACCAACUAAGUCCAGCGACGAAGGAGGCACCGAAAGUCCAAGUGCACCAGGCCCCACAUCAGCUACACCCUCUCCCACACCAAGUGAAACCAUGAUCACCACAGGAGGUGGCAGUCAGUCAGCUCAACCUUCAUCCUACCCAGGUACAUCAGAACCCACAAAAUACAACACGGCAGGCAGCACUCUGAGCCCAAGCACAACAUCCACCACAGAGCCCACUGGAAGUGUUCCACCCAAACCCACUCCAGGCAAGGUUGGCACCCCUGGGCCAACACCCAGGUCUUCUGAAGGCACUCCAGUUCCAUCUGUUGGGUCGACCCCAAGCACAGCUGGACCCACUGGCGAAGGCAGCACUUUGGUACCUAGCAUGGUCGCUACAACAGAGACAUCUGGAAAUGUUCCUCCCAGACCAACUCCAGGCAAAAUUGGCACUCCAGGACCGACACCAAGUUCUUCUGAGGCCACACAUGUACCGGCACCAGAAGACGGCUCCACAGCUAGCCCCACCAAGGAAUCACAAAGCCCAAGCCCAACUCCAGCAACCACUGGAACUACUAUAGGUCCUUCUUUGGGGGUUAUUCUGGUGGGACCAACUGGUGAGGGAGGUUCCCCGAGCCCAAGUUCAGGUACUUCAGGAAGUGUUCCUCCUGCACCUACCCCCAGCAAGGCUGGAACACCAGGACCCACAGUUAGUGCCACUGAUACCACCACUCUCCCAACUGCUGGUGGUUCAAUGCCUUCAUCCACGGGCGCACCCACUCGAGGAAGCACUCUUACUCCUAGCUCAACAGAAAACUUCACAGGGAGUCCAACUGCAGCAUCAUCAAUACUGACAACCAGUGAGCACACUACUUCAGUAUCCUUGAGCUCGCUUUCACCAACCACAGGAACAAGAAGUUCACCUAUCGACAUUGAGACUGUUCCCCCAAGUUCAGGAAGCACGGCCAGUCCCACAUCAAAUAAUGAACCAGGAUUCACGCAAGGUCCAUCAAACGACUUACCAAGCCCAAGUACCGUUCCAUCAGAAUGGCCAACUGACACCCCAUCUGUAUCACCCACAGGGUCUUCUGGCAAAGAAAGUACCUUGAGCCCUAGCCCAGAAAUCCCAGGAAAUGUUCCUCCAAGACCCACCCCGGGCAAGGUUGGCACCCCAGGACCGACACCCGGUUCUUCUGAAGGCACUCCUGCACCAACGCCCACUGAUGGUUCAACUGCUAGCCCCACAAAAGAAGCCACACUACCUCCUUCUACUGGUGGAACAUCCCCUUCCACUCAGGUACCAACUGGGGAGGGAAGUACGUUGAGUCCCAGCACUACCACCACCUAUGAAACUUCAGGAAGUGUUCCUCCCAGACCCACUCCAGGCAAGGUUGGCACCCCAGGACCAACACCUGGAACUUCGGCGCCAUCGCCCACUACACUUUCUCCGACUAAAGUGUCACGAACACCACCAUUUUCAUUCGAAGUCCCUACACCACUUUCUGCAGAGCCCACAAAUUCAGUCCCAACUAGUGGUAUUCCAAGUGUAAGUACUACAUCAUCUCCUUCCAUAGCACCAGAGCCAACAAAAGGCUUUGAGUCUCCAAGCACGAAGACAACAUCAGAACCAUCCUUUUCGGGUCCAGGACCCACACCCACCACAGGCACUCCAAGCCCUUCAGCUGUUGGGUCGACCCCAAGCACAGCUGGACCCACUGGCGAAGGCAGCACUCUGAACCCAAGCACAACCUCCACCACAGAGACCACUGGAAGUGUUCCACCCAAACCAACUCCAGGCAAGGUUGGUACUCCAGGGCCAACACCCAGUUCUUCUGAAGGCACUCCAGUACCUACUGUUGGGUCGACUCCAAGCACAUCUGGACCCACCGGCGAAGGAAGCACUCUAAGCCCAAGCACAACAUCCACCACAGAGACCACUGGAAGUGUUCCAUCCAAACCAACUCCAGGCAAGGUUGGUACUCCAGGGCCCACACCUAGUACUUCUGAAGGCACUCCGAUUCCAUCUGUUGGUUCGACACCAAGCACAGCUGGACCCACUGGGGAAGGCAGCACUCUCACCCCUAGCACAGUCGCCACAACAGAGACCUCUGGUAGUGUUCCACCCAGACCCACCCCGGGCAAAGUUGGCACCCCUGGACCAACCCCCAGUACUUCUGAAGGCACUCCGGUUCCAUCUGUUGGGUCGACCCCAGGCACGGCUGGACCCACUGGGGAAGGCAGCACUCUGAGCCCUAGCACUACCACCACAACAGAGACCUCUGGAAGUGUUCCUCCCAGACCCACUCCAGGGAAGGGUGGCACACCAGGUCCAACACCUGGAACAUCUGCACCAUCGCCCACUACAAUUUCUCCAACUAAAGUGUCUCGAACACCACCAUUUUCAUUCGAGGUGCCUACACCACUUACCGGAGAGCCAACAGUUGUGGUCCCAACUAGUGAUAUUCCAAUGGUAAGUACUGCGACAUCUCCAUCCAUUGUACCAGAGCCAACAAAAGGCCUUGAGUCUCCUCAACCAAGCAUAAAGAAAACACCAGAACCAAGUUCAUUGUCUUCAAGCCCAGGACCCACACCAACCACAGGCACUCCAAGCCCAACGGUUGGUGGUUCUCCUGGUCCAACUCCCACAACUACUGGUGCCACACCAACUCCAUCUGUUGUUGGUACUCCCAUAGCCACUAAAUCACAUGGUCCAACUGGAGAAGGUAGCACACUGAGCCCCAGCACAGUUGCCACAACAGAGACCUCUGGUAGUGUUCCACCCAGACCCACCCCUGGCAAGGUUGGCACCCCCGGUCCAUCUCCUGUUACUGCUGAGCCAUCUGCAGAGUUUCACCAACCAACAUCACAGGUCCCACCUAGUGAUGUCCCAUCUCUGCCUCCGUCAACAGAAGAAACUCAACCUCCCUCAGGAUCUCCUCGACCCACCCCAACCACCAGUUCUCCAGGACCUACACCAACCACUAGCGCAUCGCCUUCCCCCUCCGGAUCAACCACAUCUCCUACUACACCUACUGAUGGAAAUCCAGCUCCUCCAAAGCCUCCAUCAACAGAAGCAACUCAGCCUCCCACACAAUCAACAAGCACAUCUAGCCCAUCAUCUGGAACACCUGGCCCUACACCAACAACUGCCAGUCCAACUGGAACCUCCACAACUGGCAGCCCUACCGUUUCCAAGGUUUGCUACCCCGAAGUUAUCCUGGAAGAAGAGGACUUUGAGGACAACGAAUCAUCCGAUUCGUGGGUUGGCGGCACACUUUACGACAGCGAAGUUGGCUCUCAGCUCCUGGGCUUGUUGGGACAAGGCAACAGCGAAGUCUCCAAAGAGUUUGACAUCCCCUUGUUGUCGGAUGGAUCCCAACCAACAGAGGCAAGCUCCGUUACGGUUGAGUUUACUCUGUACCAGGUCGGCGACUGGAGUCCGACAGAUAGUGUCUUUGUGCAGGUCAAUGAUGUCAGAAUUGAGCUCGGAGACAUGGAUGAUGGAAGUGACAGCGAGCCCGUUUCAGGAGAAGAGGGAGGCAUUACCUGGGAGCGCACUACUCCCCAGCAGGGAAUCAGUGUCAUUGACGAGGACAGCAACGAAGAGAACCCAACGGACAAGAAGCACGUUGUGCUGCUGACCAUUCCUUCCGAUGUUUUGGAGGACAACAAAUUGACAUUGAGUUCCGAACCUUGA